AUGCUGGACGAACUCAUGAAGGCCCUGGAGCGCGACAACCAGGAGUGGAUCUUCUACGAGGAGGGCAGGGUUGUCGUGGACAUUAUGGUCAAGGCGGUGCGGCCUUCGAUGCCACAGUCUGCCGUAAAGAAGCAAAUUCAACUGCAGCGCAACAAGCCGUUGCGUACGGAUGUGUUUCGCUUCGUUCGUUUGCUGCGGACGUUCGCAGCUGGUAACCAAAUGUACGGUGGGGUCGAGGACGAAGACAAGUUCUCCAAGUUUGCAAAAGACUCUGACAGCCGUGGCCAAGCACCGAAGAGGCCUGACGAGAAGAGGCCAGACGGGGGAGCAGGCCCGGCGAAGCCUAGGUCCUCGGGCGGGGUGGAAAGGCCGGACGAACCGCUCGCCCCUGCGAGGAAGCCGGCUGCAUGUCUGCAGUAUGUUGUCGACUUCGUUUAA